AAGUGGGCAGCUCCGCCCGGGACUCGCCGCAGUGGCAGCGUCCCGUGCACACAGCAAUGCCGCGGCUGUGCUGGCUGCCGCUGCUCGGCCAGCUGCUGCUGCUGCUGCUGCAGCCGCCGCCGGCCCGGCCCGCCGGCUCCAUCCAGGUCUUCGUGGUGCCUCACAGUCACAUGGACGUGGGCUGGGUCUACACUGUCCAGGAAAGCAUGCGGGCCUAUGCAGCCAAUGUCUACACCACCGUGGUGGAGGAACUGACCCGUGGGAGGCAGCGCCGCUUCAUCGCAGUGGAGCAAGAGUUCUUCCGGUUGUGGUGGGACGGUGUGGCCUCUGAGGAGCAGAAACUCCAGGUCCGCCAGCUCCUGGAUGAAGGACGCUUGGAGUUUGUUCUCGGAGGCCAGGUCAUGCAUGAUGAGGCUGUGACCCACAUGGAUGACCAGAUCCUACAGCUCACAGAAGGACAUGGCUUUCUCUAUGAAACGUUUGGGAUCCGGCCACAGUUCUCCUGGCAUGUGGACCCCUUUGGUGCAUCAGCAACGACCCCCACCCUGUUCGCCCUGACAGGCUUCAAUGCCCAUCUCAUCUCCCGGAUUGACUACAACCUCAAGGAUGCCAUGCAGGAAUCCCAGGGGCUGCAGUUCGUGUGGCGUGGGUCCCCAUCACUGUCGGAGCAGCAGGAAAUCUUCACUCACGUCAUGGACCGUUAUAGCUACUGCACCCCCUCACAAAUCCCCUUCUCUAACAGGUCUGGAUUUUACUGGAAUGGUGUGGCCGUCUUCCCGGAGCCUCCCCCAGAUGGGAUGUACCCCAACAUGAGUGAGCCUGUCACUGAAACCAACAUCCACCUCUAUGCUGAGGCCCUGGUGGCCAACGUUAAACAGAGGGCCAGGUGGUUCCGGACUCCCCAUGUCCUCUGGCCCUGGGGAUGUGACAAGCAGUUCUUCAAUGCCUCAGUGCAGUUUAGCAACAUGGACCCCCUCCUGGACUACAUCAACAACCGCACUGCCGAGUUUGGCAUCUCCGUGCAGUAUGCUACACUGAGCGAUUACUUCCGAGCCCUGCACGCCUUCAACAUGACUUGGGGCAUCCGUGACCACCAGGACUUCAUCCCCUAUUCCUCAGAACCACAGCAGGCCUGGACCGGCUUCUACUCAUCCCGUAGCAUACUCAAGGGUCUAGCGAGACAGGCCAGUGCCAUGCUACAUGCUGCGGAGUCCAUGUUCACACGCUACAUGUGGCCAGCUCCCAAUGGGACUCUGGAUUCGACCUGGGCCCUGAAGCAGCUCCAAGAGCUUCGCUGGGCUGUGUCUGAGGUCCAGCACCACGAUGCCAUCACAGGCACUGAGUCCCCCAAGGUGAACAACAUGUACGUGGAACAUCUAAGAACGGGGAUGCUGGGAGUACACAAGCUGAUGGCCUCCAUUGCCCUGGACAGGACCCCAGUGUACCGUGGCACAGACCCGAGGCCUGUGGGAUACUCUGUCUCUGUGUAUAACCCACUGGCCUGGAAUAUCACCACCAUCAUCACCAUGACUGUCACUUUCUCCAAUGUCAGUGUCACGGAUGAGUUGGGCCACCCGGUGUCAGCGCAGAUCCAAAACUCUACGGAGGACCCUUCUGCCUAUGAGCUGCUUAUCCUGACCACCAUCCCGGGCCUCAGCUACCGACACUACAAAGUCAGGCACACUCAUGGGGACCAGGCAGACACGGGGGAAAUGGUCGUCCCCAUGGCCAGUACCCACAAGUUUAGUCUCAAGCUGAGGAAGCAGACUAGCCAGAAAGGCAAGCACUUACUGCCUGUGACCAACGACUGCUAUACUCUGCUGUUCGACCUGGACACCAACCUGUUACAUAGCAUUCAGGAGAGACAGAGGAACCACACAAUACGCAUGACCCAAGAGUUCCUGGAGUACCAGGCCAACGGGGAUGUGAAGCAGGGCCCCAUUUCUGACAACUACCUGUUUGCGCCUAACAAGACCGCUGAGCCUGCCUGGGAAGCAGUGGGGAUGGAGAUGGUGGUGGGCACGCUGGCAACGGACAUACGGCAGUAUUUCUACAGAAAUGUAACAGACCAGUCUUACAUCUACUCGAUCCACUCUCGUCUGGCCCACGUGCAUCCGAGCCCUGCUGGGGAACUGCUCUGCCAACGGAUAGAGCAGCAGUACCGAGUGGGCCCACUGGACCUAAACCGUGAGGCCAUCCUGAGGACCAGCAGUGACCUAGACAACCAGCAAGUCCUCUACUCUGACAACAAUGGCUACCAGAUGCAGCGGAGGCCCUACAAGGCUUUCAAGAGCAAUUCUAUCGCCCGGAAUUACUACCCGAUUGUCCAGUCAGCCUUCAUCGAGGAUGACAAGAGCAGGCUGGUGCUGCUGGCAGAGCGAGCACACGGUAUCUCCAGCCAACAGAAUGGGCAGGUGGAGGUAAUGCUCCACCGGCGGCUAUGGAACAACCUGGACUGGGACCUCAAGUACAACCUCACGCUGAAUGACACCUCCGUGGUCCACCCGGUGCUCUGGCUUCUCCUGGGGCCUAAAUCCGUCACUACUGCCCUGCGCCCAAGGAGUGGGUUGGCACUGCAGCACAGGCCCGUUGUGUUGUUCAGAGAGCUAACUGAUGAAGAGCCCCCCGUUCAGAGGCCCCAUUUCCCCCCACCAGUGAUAUUGUUCCCCAAGCUGCACCUGCAGAUCCUCAGCAUACCUGGCUGGAAGUACAGCAGGAAGCAUGACCAGCACCUGAAGAACCUUCAGAGAGGCCACCCCGAGAAGCCCCAGCACAACCUGCGGCGUGUGCUGCUACGCCUACAACACUUGUAUGAAGCAGGGGAGGACCCGAUGCUGUCUCAGCCCGUGACGGUGGAUCUCAAGGUUGCACUUCGAGGACUAGGGUCCGUGAUAUCUCUGGAGGAGCGUUCACUCACAGGGACCUGGGACAUGCACAUGUUGAGACGUUGGCACUGGAGGACGAAGACUGGCCACCCAAGAGGCCACCCCACCUCCCGACCAGAAGGCUUCAUCGUCACUGUGUACCCCAAGGAAAUCCGGACUUUCUUCGUUCAUUUCCAGCGGUGACAUCAAUGCAGUUGGCCCAAGGACCAUGGAACUGGAAGCCAACCCCCACUUCUAGCCCCCCCAAAAAAAAAACAAUGAAGAGGACCCAGAGAGAGGAGCUAGCUGCUGAGCUCAGAACUGUGUGGCCAUGUAGAGAUAUGAAUCUCUCUUAUUUUUUUUAAUAAAAAAUUAAUGUCUGGGCUCUUUCUCACAUUCAA